CACACUCUCCCCACACACGCCACACUUUCACAUAGAUACUCAAUACCAAUACAAAUAGCACACUCAAUCACAAACACAAAAACAAAUAGGUUCCGGGGGAAAAGGAUAUUCGAAAUGGCCGCUCCCAUCGACGAGAGUGUGCUGAAUGCACUGAGGGGCGUCACCUCCGCCCAGACCCGGCUGCCCAAGCCGCUCCUCAUCAAGAUCUAUGUGGCCAGCCUGAAGCACGAGUUCAACCAGGAGCGCCGCAUGCUCCUCGAGCUGGUGGGUCCGGAGCUGCAGACCCUCUACGAUGAUCGUCAAAUCGAGCUGGAAUUCGUUGACAUGCACUUUGGCACUGGCUGCCUGGAGGUGAAUCAGCUGGAGCGGGAUCCCUACAUGAUUCAUGACUAUCUCCACGAGAUUGACAUCUGCCACGCCCACACGAAGAGUGUGUUCUUUAUGGUUCUCGUGGGCGAUGGAAUCGGUCGCCUGCCUCUGCCAACGCACUUGGACGAGGACAUCUUUGCCGCCAUCCUGGCAGAUCCCCAGACAACAGCGGAUCUCGAAGCCCUCUUGGUGAAGUGGUAUGAAAAGGAUGCCACGGAAACCAAAAGGCAGCUCAAGCAGGACUAUCGACUGCUUCCCGCGGAUUCUUGGCUAAAUGAAUCGCAGCAAAUUCAAAAUUUAUUGGAGCGAGUUUUGCAAUCAAUGGUCCAGGCCAGUGCAGGACAUGCUGCCGAGUAUGUGCAAAGGAUUCAAGAACUGCGACGCACUCAGAUUGAAAGGGAAGUGAAACAGGCCAUGGCCCUAUCCAGUGAGAAAAUCCUGGCAGUUUUUCGCGAACGAGCAGCCCAAAGCAGCAAAAAGGAUGUGGAGGCCAGCGAGCGUCUGCGAAAAAUCAAGGACGAACUCACCAUGAACCUAUCCACAGAUAAUCACACGACACUGGUGGUACCUGGGAGUGCUGCCAGCGAGGCAAUUGAUCCGGAUAAUGAGGACCACGAGUCGUAUCUGAGCAAAUUCAAGAACAAGGUCACCGACAAGCUGCGCCUCCUAAUCGAGGCCCACAUAACCAAUGAUCCCGACGUAAUCAAGGGGAGGAAAAAGACUGUGCAGGAAAUCUUUCACGAGCAUGCUACUCACCUGCGCAUCCUGCGGGAGCACACGGAAAACGCCGCCUUGCUGGAGUCGCGAGUGCCACAGCAACUCCGACAGAAUCUUAUGGCCAACUUCCGGAACGGUAGCCGCCAUGCCCCGUACUUCGUCUGUGGAUCAGACGGCAGUGGCAAGAGUGCCAUUAUCAGCCAGCUGUACGGCCAGGUUAGCAGCUGGUUCGGGGCAUCCACACGCGUCCAUCGGAUGAUACGAUUCGCGAAGGCCUCGCCGAGAUCCGCCUAUAAUCUGGAACUGCUACGAGUGGUCUGUCAGCAGAUCUCCAUCAUUUUCAACAUCCCGGAGGGCUACCUGCCCAAGGAUGCCUCUUUCGAUCCGUUGUACAUCAACACCUGGUUCCAGAACCUCUUGCGGCGCAUCGAGGACAUGGGCAACGACGUGCUCUUCCUUUUCAUCGACGACCUGCAUCUGCUCAACCCGCUGGACUGCGACAUUGUGACAGCUCUGUCCUGGCUGCCCACGUCCCUGCCCUGGAACGUCCAGAUCAUCUGCAGCUCCACCACGCCCGUCGAGCAGCUCAAGUUCACGCCCAUGCAGCGGGACCGCUUCAAGUCCGGGGAAUACCAGUUCGACAUCAAUCGAGGAGACUUCUCCAGCCGCCUCAAGAUUCCGCCCCAAUGCAUUCCCGGGGAGGUGAGCUUCAGCCUGUACGUGGAGCAGCAAUUCGACCACCUGGAGCGGCACUACGGACGCCAAGCCGUGGGCAGUCUGGCGGCGUACAUCACCUGCUCCGAGUAUGGUCUUACCGAGACCGAGCUCCUGGAGCUGCUCAUGCCCACCGACGACCCGGAGACGCUCAUCGAAACCAAGGCAGGGCACUUCAGCUUUGCCACUUUUAAGAAAAUCCAUCGCGAAAUGGAUGUAUUACUCCUGCUGCACGACAAGAUCAUGUCGGGCAAGGUGCUGAUUCAGUGGCGCCACAACUACUGUGCCACGGUAGCCAAGCGGCGCUACAUGGACACCCAGAGGACGCGGAGCUUGCAUAGCGAGCUGGCCAACUUGUUUUUCCCGCAGGACGAGGACGAAAGCACCCUGGAGAACGAGUCGAAGUGCAGCGAGACCAAGUCGGUGAUCAGCAUGUGGGAGAAGGACUCCCUGUCGGCCGUAUCGGCGACAUCCACAGGUCGCAAGUCCUCAUCCACGCACCACAAUGACGACACUUCCACGUUCUACAAUCCCAUUGCCGCGGACGUGAGCUAUAGCAUGCGGCAUGUGGAGGAGAGCUGGCAUCACCUGAUGAGAUCCGAUGACACCACCCGGUUCAAGCAGAUCGCUGUCUGCAAUUUUGACUUCCUGCUGGCGGCGGUACAAACAGUAUCCAUUAGCUACUUGCGCUGCUUAAUCGAGCACGUUCGCUGCUAUAUCCUGGACAGGGACAUCGAGCUGAUCUACUACACGAUUAGAAAGUCCAGUGAUGUCCUUACCCGAGAUCCCAUGCAACUGGGCUCCCAGCUGAUAUCCUGGCUGCGUCCGAUCGGCGAACACGACGACGACGACAACUCCCUGCUGAGCAUGACGGUCCGCUCGGCCACCGCCUGGUGCGACGGGUAUGCGGUUCCGUUACUGGUGCCCCUCACCGGCUGGCUGCCCGUGCCGCUGCCCUCGCAGAUCCGCACCAUGACCGUCACCGGCACGGGCGUCAUUCGGGCCGUUUGCCUGGCCCCCUCGAAACAGCAUCUCAUCCUGGCCACCAACUCCGGCGACGUGCAACAGUGGCACAUUAUGAGCAAUUCGCUGGAGCACACAUUCAAGGGACACACUGCGGCAGUCACGUGCCUGCUGGUGGCGCCGCAGCCGGAGCAGGAGUUGUUGCUGACCGGCUCCGAGGAUAACAGCGUACUCGUGUGGCACGUCUCACUCCGCGAGCGUCUGGGUCACAUUAACGCCCACACAGCUCCCAUUACAGGCGUGGCAGCUGGCGUCAAUAACACACUCAUCAUAAGCAGCAGCGAGGAUGCAACAAUUGCCAUCACAGACCUGGCCAGCGGAAAAUUGAGACAUCGCAUAACGUACCAUCGUGGUCCUGUGACUGGCAUCCUGGUGGCCGGAGCCUGUGAUGUCCUCAUCUCGGGCAGUCACGACAGGAGCAUUUGUGUCUGGAACCUGGAGAACUUUAGCCUUCUGAACACCAUGCAUAUGUCGAGUCCUGUGCUUCGCAUUGACAUUUCCUGGAAUUCGGUCUUCCUUUUGGCCUUGUGCGAGGAUAAUGCCCUUUAUGUUCGCACACUGGCAACCGGCAAGGAGCUGCACACCCUGAAAGGACACAAGUCAAAGAUUCGAACCAUUUCGAUUGGCAAGGACAGCCAGCGGUGUGUGGUGGGCUGCGAGGAUACCCGGGCACUUAUCUACGACAUGCACUCCGGGAAAUUGGUGCGAUCCAUGCCGCCUAAUCCCGGACCGGUGACCGCCGUCCAUGCCAUGGACAACGAUGACUUCCUGGUCACGGUGGGUGGCAACAAGAUUACCUUUUACUCGUUCCGCAACGAGGAGCUCUACUUGAAUCCCUACUCGCGGCAUCCGAAGCGGAAGCGCAGCUUGAAGAGGCACGCCCAGGCUCAGAGGUCUCCCUCGACGACCCUGCCGCCCAUCACCUGCUUUGACUUGUCGCGGGACUCCCAGCAAAUGGCCAUCGCCUCCGGCCGGAGUGUCCACUUGAUGAGAAUCAAUACACCAGAGUACCAGUGCACCCUGGAAGGCCACACGGCCGGCGUGUCCUGCCUGAAGUUCGCCCCCAAUGGGGAGUUCCUGGCCACCGGCUCCGAGGAUCGACUGGUGCUCAUCUGGAACAUGGCCUUGGGCGAGAUCAGCAAUACGUUCAAAGGACACGUUGCCCCGGUGGUCAAGGUAGUGGUCCUGAUGGACUCCCUGCGUGUGAUCUCCACGGAUCGCGACUCCCUGCUGCUGGUGUGGAUGGCCCAUUCCGGAAACCUGCUGCAGACCAUCCAGGGUCCCUACAAAAACCUGGCCGUCACUAACAACAUGCGCUUCGCCGCCUCCACCAACGGGGACAACACUCUCAAGAUCUGGUCUCUGACCCAGGAGGACGAGAAGUACUCCGUCUCGCAUUCGGACGAGAUCACCUGCUUCGAGAUCAGUGCGGAUAGUGCCCACAUCAUCACGGGAUCUAGGGAUAUGUCCCUGAAAGUGUGGCAGGCAACGGGCGGCAAGCUCAGCCAGGUACUGGUGGGCCACAGCGAUGCAGUGACCUGCGUGGCCGUCUCGGUGUCUAACAAAACUCAGGUCCUGUCUGGCUCGAAGGACACGAAUCUCAUUCUCUGGGAUCUGCUAACCGGCGAAGAGGUUCACACCCUGGCCGGGCAUUUGGGACCGGUUAUUGGAGUCAAGGUCUCGGCGGAUGGAUCCACGGCCGUUUCUGGCAGCGACGACAAGACCCUGAUAGUUUGGGAAACAAAGCGGGGCCUGGCCCUGACCUCCCUGCAGAUGCAUGUGCCCUUCACCCACUUCGACAUCAGCCUGGAAGUAUCCCGGGUCCUGGUCCAGCUGGUGGACAGCUACAAUCUUCCCGUGAUCUGUUUGCACAACACUCCGGCGCAGUACGUUAAGCUGCCAACAUACUCGGGUCCCAGCAAGGAUAUAGAGGAUCUGCGACCUCAGGGUCCCAAGCGGCAAAUGAAGAGGCUCCUGAAGAAGGAGGUCUCUUUGGACACGUACACCUGGCAGAAGAAGUACGGCCACCUAACCUCCUCGGUGAUGAUGGCCCAGGUGGAUGAGCGGCUGAAGCGGCGAUUCAGUGUUUCGGCCAGCAUGGAGGAGAUCUCGAAGAUAGCCGAGACCAAGACGGGAGCCUCGCAGGCCAAUCUGGGCCCGGAGCAGGCGGCGCUGGCCCAGUCGCAGCACUUUGACCAGCUGGAGGCGCUCUGGAACAAGAGAUCUCCGCCCCGGAGACGUCACAAUGCGGGUCUUUCGCGGCAAACCUCGCUGGUGGAGGACCGACUCGAGUCCUCGGACGACGACGAGUACCAGGACGAGCGAGCAGGUAUGUUGUCCGCCUCCUACGACCAUAUCCACCUCCUUGCACGCUUGCCCGGAAUCCGAUCCCUGCACGAUGCAUGGAAGACGAACAGUCUGCGGGUGUCGCGCACCACCCGCGCCAAGUUCUAUGUGAGCACACCACCACAGAACUCCCCCCAACACUCCCACCGGGACCCGAACGAGGACCAGAACUCAGGUACCAGUACCGACCACGGACAUACCAUUGACCAGUGUACGGAUAGGGUGUCGCCGCCGGAUCUGGUGAGGGAUCUGCUGGUGGGCAUUCCCAGUCCGGAGUCUCCGCAGCGGAUCUCACUGCGCCAGCUGCUCCACUGGCCCAGUUUAAAGUCGCACUUGUGGCGCCGUCAGCGAAACUGCCAGUCCCUGGAGCCGCACAUCCGGCUUCAUCCACCCGAUCCCCGGAGUCGUAUCCGGCCCACGCCCAUCAUCCUGGUGGAGAACUAUGAUAGCCGCAAUGUCCGCCAGCUGCGCACGGAUCUCGUCCUGCACCCGCAGUCGAGUCGCGCCUCCUUCGGCCACAUCGAGGUGGCCGGCGGAGAGCAGAGUCUGGCCAAAAAGGGCAGUGCCUUCUCCAAGAGCUUUUGGCAGCGACGGUGGCGUCUCCUGCGCCGCAAAUCCCCCUCCCAGUCCGAGUCCAAUUCCCACUCGAAUAACAGCCAACACCCCGAUGCCGCCGCGGCCAAUUGCAAUGACUGUGUGGCCCAAUGACAGGAAACCACCUCCCUGACUCGAAGGACCAAUGACAGCCACACAACCACCCGUGUGGUUACCUUCACCCUGCACCACCAAACCACUUUUGUUUUCCACUCUCUGGCACACCACUGCUUUUCCGUAGUUAUGGCCGUGCUCCGUAGUUGUUUGCCAUUUUAGUGAACUUUAAAAUAUUUAUUUAAUAAAUUACCAAAAAGUUUCGUUUUAUUUGACUUGCUUGUUGAAUUUUAUAGCCAAUUAUUUUUGGUCAAAUGGCCCGUGAGAAGCCAAAAACAGGUAAGUGCACUGACAGAAAAUCAUUCCGCCCAAAAACCAAAGAAUGUGAUACAAAAAUUCUCAAAUGAGGAGCAAAA